GAGUCAGAAGCUGUAGUUCCAUUGGAGGAGAGUCCGAUAAAGGACAGGGAGAGGAGCUCCGGGCAUCACUCUGACAAGACCGCUCCGGACUGUGAAAUCUGGACCAAAUCAGAACUACCUGCAUGAGGGAAUAAGACCUGGGUUAAUACAACAACUGCGACCUUGUUGAGCCUUCUUUCUUUGGGAGGGAGGUUUAUUUGCAUUAUCCAAGGAUGGGGGAAGAAAAGAAUUCUGCUACGGAGGAGAGACCCAAAUGGGACAACAAGGUCCAGUACCUGCUGACAUGCAUUGGCUUUGCGGUUGGGCUUGGCAACGUGUGGCGGUUUCCCUACUUGUGCCAGAUCUAUGGAGGGGGUGCAUUCCUCAUCCCGUACCUGGUUGCGCUGGUGUUCGAGGGCCUCCCCCUGCUGUACCUGGAGCUGGCGAUCGGACAGAGGCUCCGCAUGGGCAGCAUCGGCGUUUGGAACAACAUCUCUCCGCUGCUGGGUGGAGUCGGCAUCGCCUCCAUGGUGGUGUCAUUCCUGGUCUCCAUGUUCUACAACACCAUCAUAGCCUGGGUGCUCUGGUACUUCUUUCACUCUUUUCAAAACCCGCUGCCAUGGAGCCAGUGUCCUUUGAAUGAUAACCUAACAGGCUACAGCCUCGAGUGUGAGAAGAGCACUCCGGUGAAUUACUUCUGGUACCGCGAGACGCUGAACAUCACCGAAGACAUCGAGAUCAGCGGCUCGCUGCAGUGGUGGAUGGUCAUCUGUCUGGCCACGGCCUGGUCCGUCAUCUACAUCUGCUUCAUCAAAGGCAUCGACUCCGUGGGAAAGGCUGUGUAUGUGACGGCCACAUUCCCUUACCUGGUUCUGACCAUAUUCCUGGUCCGUGCCCUCACUCUGCCUGGAGCUACUGAUGGGCUGCAGUACCUCUUCACUCCUGACUGGGAAAUACUUAAGAGCCCCCAGGUUUGGUUAGACGCUGCAACCCAGAUCUUCUUCUCUCUUUCUGUGGCUUUCGGAGGUCUAAUAGCAUUCUCCAGCUAUAAUCCAGAGAGGAAUGACUGUGAGAGAGAUGCUCUUGUUGUGGGAAUAACAAACAGUGCCACAUCCCUCUAUGCAUCCAUUCCCAUUUUUUCCAUCCUGGGGUUCAAAGCUAGGACUGGCUUCAACACCUGUCUAGAAGAGAACAUCCUGACUCUGACUAACCACUUUGACAUCGCAGAGCGAAAUAUGACACUGGAAAACUACGACCAGUGGUUUGAUUACUUAAAUCUGACACAUCCAGGAGAAAUAUCUUCUUUACCCUUAAGGGUCUGUGAUCUACAGGAGUUUCUUGAUCAGAGUGCUUCUGGAACAGGCCUGGCCUUCAUUGUAUUCACAGAGGCAGUCUUAGAGAUGCCUGGGUCCCAGGUCUGGGCCAUAUUGUUCUUCGUUAUGCUCUUCAGUCUGGGACUGUCCUCCAUGUUUGGCAACAUAGAGGGAAUCCUCACGCCUCUCAAGGAGCUCAAACUGGUCCCAAAGUGUCUCUCCCAUGAAGUUUUGACAGCGAUCGUCUGUUUGGUCUCGUUUUUGGUUGGCCUCAUCUUCACCCUGGGCUCCGGUAACUAUUGGGUGGAGGUCUUCAACAGCUAUGUGGGAUCCGUACCGCUACUCAUCAUCGCAUUUUGUGAGAUUAUCGGGGUCGCUUAUGUCCACGGAAUGAAAACAUUUAGUGAAGACAUUUACUUCAUGACCGGGAGGAAGCUCAACAUCUACUGGAAGGCAUGCUGGAUGGUGAUUAGUCCAUUGCUGCUCCUGGUGGUUUUUGUUGCUUACGUGGCUCUCCAGGCUAAUGCAUAUCCAACAUAUCCUGCAUGGAACCCAGAUUAUGACAAAUUUCCUCAAACUGAGCCGAAGGAAUACCCAAAGUGGGUGUUCGGCAUAAUCGUCCUCCUCAUCGUUGUCCCCGUCCUUUCUAUCCCUGUGGUGGCCGUCUACAACCUGAUCUGCUGUGGAAUUAAGAGGUCUUCUGCCAAUGUUUCCCCCAACCCCUACAACAACGAAGCCUUUGAGAUCGAAACACAGGAACGGAGGAAACAAAGCAUUUAAAGGAUGAACAGCAUUUCCAUCCGAAGUCGCCCAUUAUACUCCCAUUAAUUUGAUUAUGAAGAUACAUUUGAACUGGACAUGUGAGAUAAUAAGAGACAUAUUUCUACACUUCAAUCAAUUUUCACACUUGAAAAGACUUUUAUUUAACAGUGAAUUCCUUCAUAUACUUUGCAUGUUUGUUGAACAUAUUCUGAAACAAAGACUCGAUUCUUUUAUUUGAAAAAGAGAUUUCAAAGAUUCUGUAAUUCCAAAUGUCAGAUUUUUCUUUUUUUUUAAAUUGGAUUUGGAUGAGUUUAUGAAAUUGGCAUAAAAAAAA